AACACGUGUAUUUCGUCAAAAUCUUCAGCCGCUUGCAAAGCAACGAAGGAUUGAAAGUUUCCCUACGAUGGCGGUAUCACGGAAGGGCACAGCAAAGGUGAAUGCACUGCUGGAGCUAGAGAAAUCCGUACAGGAGCACUGGGACAGCGAGCACGUGUUUGAAGAAAAUGCACAGGAAGGGAGAGAGAAAUAUUUCGUCACGUUUCCGUACCCAUACAUGAAUGGACGUCUGCACCUUGGGCACACAUUUUCACUAUCCAAGUGUGAAUUUGCAGUCGGAUACCAGCGACUCCAUGGAAAACAGUGUUUAUUUCCUUUCGGGCUCCACUGUACAGGAAUGCCGAUCAAGGCAUGUGCGGACAAGUUGAGGCGGGAGAUGAAGGACUAUGGAUAUCCGCCACAGUUUCCCGACGACGACGGCGACAGGGAUGCAGCGCAGAUGACGAGUGUGGCCAGUGCGGCCAGCGUCGCUGAGGUUCCCGUAGACAAGUCAAAGGGCAAGAAGAGCAAGGCGGCAGCAAAGGCAGGCGGUGCUAAGUACCAGUGGGAGAUCAUGCGCUCCAUGAACAUGUCCGACGAGGAGAUUGCCAAAUUUGCCGAUCCCAGCCACUGGCUCGGAUACUUUCCACCGCAUGCUGUGGAAGAUCUCAAGAAAAUGGGAAUCAAAGUGGAUUGGAGACGCACCUUCAUCACAACGGACGCCAACCCCUACUACGACUCGUUUGUCAGGUGGCAGUUUCUGCAUCUGAAGGCCAGAAAUAAAAUCCUAUUUGGCAAAAGGUAUACAAUAUUUUCUCCAAAAGAUGACCAGCCAUGUAUGGACCACGACAGAAGUACUGGAGAGGGAGUUGGACCUCAAGAAUACACACUUAUCAAGAUGAAAGCAGUGGAGCCUUUACCACCAAAGUUGCAAUCACUUGGUGGCCGCCCAAUCUAUCUGGUUGCCGCGACCCUGCGUCCGGAGACGAUGUACGGCCAGACGAACUGCUGGGUGCGUCCCGACAUGAAGUACGUGGCACAUGAGCUCGCGAAUGGUGAGGUGUUUGUCUGCACGCUGAGAGCUGCACGUAACAUGGCGUAUCAGGGCUUCACCAAGGUCAACGGAAAGGUCGACGUCCUGCUAGACAUCGUUGGACAGGAUAUAAUGGGCAUGGGUCUGCAUGCACCUUUGACAAAGUACAAGAUGAUUUAUACGCUUCCGAUGCUAACGAUUAAGGAGGAUAAAGGCACGGGGAUUGUCACCAGUGUACCGUCAGACGCCCCAGAUGACUUUGCUGCUCUCCGAGAUCUCAAGAAGAAGCAGCCUUUCCGUGAGAAAUACGGCAUAAAGGAUGAGAUGGUGCUGCCUUAUGAUCCCGUGCCGAUAAUUGAAAUUCCGGGGUUCGGUAAUCUAUCAGCCGUGACUGCCUGCGAGCAGCUGAAGGUGCAGAGUCAGAAUGACAAGGAUAAGCUGACUGAAGCCAAGGAGAGGGUCUACCUCAAAGGCUUCUACGAAGGUGUGAUGCUGGUGGGUGACUGUAAAGGCGAGAAGGUCCAGGAUGUUAAGAAACCCAUUCAGAAGAAGAUGAUUGAUAGAAAUGAAGCUGUUGUCUAUCAGGAGCCAGAGAAGAAGAUCAUCUCUAGGUCUGGUGACGAGUGCGUGGUCGCACUGUGUGAUCAGUGGUAUCUGGACUAUGGUGAGGAGGGCUGGAAGAAGGAGACGACACAGUGCCUGGAUCAGAUGGAGACAUACCUGGACGAAGUGCGCAGGAAUUAUUUAGCAACUCUGGAUUGGCUUCACGAGCAUGCGUGCUCGCGUUCGUAUGGCCUGGGCACGAAACUGCCGUGGGACCCACAGUAUCUGAUUGAGUCGCUGUCGGAUUCUACCAUCUACAUGGCUUACUACACGGUGUCACACCUCCUGCAGGGCGGUGUAUACGAUGGCAGUGGCAAGAGUCCGCUUAAUAUAAGGCCAGAGCAGUUGACCCCAGAAGUGUGGGACUAUGUCUUCUUCAAGGAUGCUCCCUUUCCAAAGACGAGCAUUACUAAGAGCAACUUGGAUGUGAUGAAGAAGGAGUUUGAGCACUGGUACGGCGUUGACCUGCGUGUGUCUGGCAAGGAUCUCAUCCCCAACCACCUGACCUACUAUCUCUACAACCACUGUGCCAUCUGGCCCAACGACAGAACAAAGUGGCCGAAGGCAGUAAGAGCGAACGGACAUCUGUUACUGAACUCUGAGAAGAUGUCUAAGUCAACAGGAAAUUUUCUGAAUCUCUAUGAAGCCAUAACAAAGUUUUCAGCAGAUGGCAUGAGGCUGUCUCUGGCGGACGCCGGCGAUGCGAUCGAGGAUGCAAACUUCGUCGAGACGAUGGCGGACGCAGGCAUCCUGCGGCUGUACACGCUGCUCGAGUGGGUGAAGGAGAUGAUAGCCAAUAGGGACACGCUGAGAUCUGGCCCCUGCGACACGUUCAACGACAAAGUGUUCAUCAGUGACAUGAAUAAGGGAGUGCUAGAGACGGCACAGCACUAUGACCGCAUGAUGUUCAAGGAGGCUUUAAAGACUGGCUUCUUUGAAUUCCAGGCAGCACGAGACAAAUACAGAGAACUCGCCACUGAGGGCAUGCACAAAGAUCUGGUAUUCCAGUUUAUUGAGUGGCAGAUUCUCAUCUUGUCACCAAUCUGCCCUCAUAUAUGUGAGCACAUCUGGGAGCAACUGGGAAAGCCUGGUAGCAUCAUGCACGCAACGUGGCCCGUGGCCGGACCCGUCGAUGACAUUCUGCUGGCCUCGUCCACGUACCUCAUGGAUGCCGCACACAUGUUCAGACUACGUUUGAAGAACCUCUGUCAGGCCCCCAAGGGCAAAAAAGUGGCUCCAGAAAAACCAACGCAUGGCACGAUCUUUGUGGCAAAAACGUACCCUGCAUGGCAGUGCACCAUCUUGACUCUGUUAAAGAAACUCCAUGAUGAAUCUGGUGAAAUGCCAGAAAACAAGGCAGUGGCUGCUGCUCUAAAGAAUCUGCCCGAGUUGAAAAAACACAUGAAAAAGGUCAUGCCUUUCGUGCAGACAGUUAAGGAAAAUGUCGUGAAGCAAGGACUGAAGGCACUCAAUCUCACUAUGGAGUUUGACGAGCAGGCAGUCUUACAGGAGAAUAUUGUCUACCUCCACAGCACACUAGAGCUCGAGGGUUUGGAUGUGAAAUUCUCACUCGAUUUCACGGAUGUGAAGAUACAAGAGGAAUGCUGCCCGGGUAAACCCAUCAUAACCUACAGGACAGAGGCGUCGGUCCCUAUGUUGAUCGUGAACCCGCAGCCGUGCAGCGGCCAUUUUCAGCUGACGGUGCCGAUCCUGCAGGGUGACACGGCUGCCCGGAUCACACACCGAAUGUGGAAAAUGGACAGGCUCAUUAAAGACCCGAGCGCGGUGCAGCUGCUGCGUUACGAGGACGCGCUGGCAGGCGCGCGAUGCAUCCCCGCAUUCGGCCAGCCCCUCAACAGCAAGCUCGCCGUCGGCGCCGCAGCCGUGUUUGCGAUCGACGCCACCAGGGGGAGCGUUCACGUCGUCGAAAACGGCGGCAGCUUUGACGUCGGCCCGCAGAUGGCGUACGUGGUGCGCGACGACGUUCACUGACGCGUAGCGCGCGGCGCCACCUCGUGGGGUGGGGGUGGGGGGACUGGGACUCAGUGAUUGUUACAUCAGGGGUGGGGAGUAUGGGGGAGUUGUGUAGGGAAUACUGACUGCUGGAGAGUACUCCACAAAUACAAGUCAAACAUAUAGGGGGCUCUCUGUGGGACAGACACAUUGUGCAGAGCUGAGCUGGGGAAGGAAACUGAACUCUGGCAAGUGAAAAUUAGUCUAUGAUAGUGUUGCAGUUUGCAUUUUGUAUGAAAGCUGAUCAGCUUAUUACAUGUUGCUAUAGUGUCUGAACCUAACAGUUGUCCCUAAAUUUGGCUCUGCAGGAAUUACAGAACCAUUUACUGUAUGUGUGAUCUUUUAAACAUCAGUUAUUUACUCAUCUAUAGGAAAUUCUACUUUUUUAGUAUUGGAGGUAGGUUAUUUGGAGGGUUAACAUGUGACUACCUGAACGUUAUUUGUUUAUUUUUCCUCCAGAUUGUUGGUAAUUUAUAUGAUGCUUACAUAUUGUUGAGUUUGGAAGAUCUAAUGAACAAGCACCAUUCAAUUCAAUCAAAUUCACACAUUCAAUUGCAGAGGCAAUUCUGAUGUAUUCGUUAAAAUCUUAUCUGUUUCUAGUGUGUAAUGUGCGACACCGUGAAUACUAAAUUGUGAUGAACAGUGCAUUGGCAUAGAUACAUCGCAUAGACAUGAGAAAAACAAGUACCUCUGUAUUUAUUACUCGUUUUUGUAAUAAAAAUGUAUGCUAGUGGGAUUUACCUGAAA